UGCAGGAACUAUUGUCUAAAAUGCAAGAUGGUUCGGCACUGUCGGACACCCGUGCAGCACUGCGCGCGCACGUGCACUGCCCCAGCGCGCGUGCCGCUCUCCAUGUCGUUGCGCCUCGGCUUCCACAACCUGGAGCCGGCGCUCGCCGCGGCGGCCGAGGCGCUGUUCGGCACCCGCUCCCCGCCGCGCGCCGUCCUCCGCCGCGCGCGCGCGCUGCACGCGCUCCUCGUGGUCUCGUCCCUGCCGUCCGCGCCCCGCCCGCCCACCUUCCUCGUCAACCAGCUGCUCGCCCUCUACUGCCGCCUCUCCGCGGUCCCCGACGCCCUCGCCCUCCUCCGCUCCACGCCGUGCCCCUCCGUGAUCUCCUACAACACCGUCCUCUCCGCUCUCUCGCGCACCCCAAGGCACGCGCAGGACGCCUUCGGGCUCUUCCGCGGCCUGCACUCGUCGGGUCUCCGCCCGACCGCCCCCAGCCUCUGCGCCGUCCUCCGCGCCGCCGGCGCACUGCGCGACGGCCGCGCGGGGGCCGCGGCACACGCGCAUGCCUCGGCGCUCGGCUUCCUCGCCAGCGACAUUGUGCCGACCGCGCUGCUCCAGAUGUACUCCGGGUGCGGGUCGCCGAGGGACGCUAACCAGGUGUUCGACGAAAUGAUGACGCCGGAUGUGGUGGCGUGGAACUGCGUGAUGCACUGCAACGUACGGUACGAUUACCUGGACCGCGCCCUGCGGAAGUUCUGCCGGAUGGUGAGCACUGGGCUGGCGCCUACAGAGAGCACCCUUUCUUCGGUGCUGAGUGGGUGCGGGCGCUCUGGGGACUUGCACCAUGGGCGUGCGCUACAUGGAUGGGUGGUGAAAUCAGAGGAGCUUGAUCCUGAUUUGCCUUUGCAUAAUGCGCUGCUUGAUAUGUACUGCUGCUGUGGUGAUCUAGACACUGCAGUACUUGUGUUUCGGAGGAUCGAAACACCAGACUUGGUGUCAUGGAAUACCAUAAUUUCUGGAUUUUCUGGCGUUGCGGACGGAUGGACCGCAGUGCAGGCCUUUGUGAAGCUCAAGGCUGUGUCCUCUGAAUGGCUGGCUCCAGAUGAGUACACAUUUGCGGCAGUGGUGGCUGCAGCUGCUUCUUUACCAGCAAUGUGUAGCGGCAAACCGCUUCAUGCUUGUGUGAUCAAGGCUGGGUUGGAGAGCAGCGUCUUUGUUGCGAAUACACUUCUCAAUAUGUAUUUCACAAAUGAGGAUCCAGAGUCUGCUCACAUUUUGUUCGAUUCCGUUAUGGUGAAAGAUGUUAUCAUGUGGACUGAGAUGGUAGCUGGCCAUUCUGCACUAGGUGAAGGAGAAUUGUCAUUGAAAUAUUUUAUUGGCAUGCUGGAGGUUGGGCACAAGGCUGAUAAUUUCUCUCUUAGCAGUGCUUUGAACUCCGCAGCAGAUCUUGCAGGUCUUAAGCAAGGGGAAAUGCUCCAUGCUCAAGUGGUAAAAAGUGGCUAUGAAGGAAAUAUUUGUGUCUCUGGAAGCCUUGUUGAUAUGUACGCGAAAAAUGGUACUCUUCUUCGUGCCUAUUCUGUUUUCUGCACCAUACAGAAGCCAGAUUUGAAGUGCUGGAAUGCUAUGAUAGGAGGAUAUGGCAACCACGGGGAUUCUGAAAUGGCAUUCAAACUAUUUGGUGACAUGAUUCGUAGUGAUCUGCAACCUGACCAUGUAACAUACAUCUCACUCCUUUCUACUUGUAGCCAUUGUGGACUGGUUGAGAAAGGAAAGCUUUAUUGGUUCUGCAUGAUAAAUGACGGCAUUGUACCAGGGUUCAAACACUACACUAGCAUGGUGAGUUUGUUGAGUAGGGCAGGUUUAUUGGAGGAAGCAGUUGAGUUAAUUAAUAAAUCCCCUUCUGCCAAGAGAUAUCCUGAGCUAUGGAGAAUUCUACUAAGCUCUAGUGUGACAUUUAAAAAUCUGUCAAUUGGUGUUCAUGCUGCUGAACAAGCACUGGAGCUGGAUCCAGAUGAUCUCUCAACACAUAUACUGCUUUCAAACCUUUAUGCUUCUAUAGGAAAAUGGGAUAGUGUGUCUGAAAUUAGGAGAAAGAUCAGAGGGCUCAUGAUUGAAAAGGAGCCUGGGCUUAGCUGGAUUGAGAUUGAGAAAAUGGUACAUGUGUUUUCUGCAGACGAUGAAUGCCACACACGCAUUGAUGAUUGUCGUGAUGAGUUACUUAGAAUAAUGGAAAACAUGGUACUGUUGGAUAGUUAUGAAAAUGAAAUAGUGUUAAAUGGUUAGGUUGCCUUUGUUGUUAAUGGAAAUGGGGUUGACUUGGUCAGAAAAUGCCUAAGUUGCUAUGAACUUAUUUCUGUUGCAUGACAUGCUUUCUUUCAUGGCACUAAGAAAGCUGAUGAGUAUAACCAGAUUUUUCAGCACAACAAAUGAUAGGAGAAGCUAUAUAUCAAGCGUCCAACAAUUUUUGAGAUUCUCCAUCAUGAACAGUAGAAUUUCUGGCUAUAAAACUUGUCCUCUGUCAAAUACACACUGAAAAUUGAUGUCGUUCGAGCCAGUCUGCCCCGAUGCCGCCUGCCGCUGCCUCCUUCCCGACACGCGACGUCGUUCGACCCCAAACCCUCCUGACACCCUCACCCCAUUUUUCAUCAUCACGACGCCGACACAUCUGGCAGGUCCCAUCUCGCUCGUCGCGACGAUGCGACCCAUUCUCGGCGGUCGGCGAGUUUGGUGAACCAGCGAGCCCUAGCUUCUUGUCGGAGAGGCCACCUGACACCGUCCCUUUCCCGAUGCCCCUGCCGUUCAAGGAGAUAAACAUUGGACAUGGCUUGGAAAAUAUCAAUCUCUGGACAUUUCAUGGAACAAGUUAAAUGGGAAUAUCCCACCCUGGCUAGGGAAUCUGAUGAAUCUCUUGUACCUUGACCUAUCAAACAAUUCCUUCAGUGGGGUGCUUCCCAUGAGCUUCACAUGGAUGAGGAUUUUGGUUCCAACCAAUGGCUUGAAUGAGCAGUCACCAACAGAGGGCCUCCCGUUAUCUUCAAGAAGAAUUCAACUAGCAAAGUUUUGCAGUACAAUCAAAGUCAGCAGCUUCCCACCUUCUUUGUUGGGCCAAUCUUGUCAAGCUUUGGCCAUCCUGUCAACCUUCAUGUGCUGGACUUGAGCUGGAACAACAUAUCAGGGCCAAUUCCUUAUGAGUUGUCAAACAUGGCAAGCUUCGAAACGCUGAUCUCAAUGGGAGCAUUCCAUCAUCACUAACAAAGCUGAAUUUCCUCUCCAGUUUGCCGUGUCGUACAGCAAUGUCUGGACUGUUAUCAAACAUUGCAAUCAGAGGAUGAACACCAGGACAUGUAUACCUCUAAACAGAUCACUCACAUCAUGGUCUGGAAUGCACUGCAUUUUGCAAGGCCCUAGAGGUCUGCGUAUUUUAGUGUAAUUGAUAGGUUCUUUGAUACUCCGUGUAUCUGGGCAAUGCCACAUCUGAAACUCCUGAUUAAAUAUUGGUCAAGGUACUUUGGUAGUUUCUCUGAAACUCCCAAUGAAAUGCUGGUCAUGGACUCAUGGUACCUUGAUAGCUGAGACAGACGUUAUUGGGUACUCUGUCAAAUGUUUCCCAUAAACGCUAAACUUGGGGCAAAACUAUGUGUCUAUUCUUUUUUUUUCUUUUCGAGAUUACAGAAAGGCAGCUAAAUUCAAGCCGAAAUGCUUAGAUGCCAACAGUGCAGAUUCGUGUUAGUAAAUAAAUACUCUCUCAGUUAUUGUCAUCA